CCGGAGCGCGGGUGGAGGGGGGCGGGGAGAGCUGCCGGCCGCCCCGCUCCGCCGAGCCCAGCAGGAAGGAGGGCGCGAGCGGGCGAGCGCGGGCGGCGCGAGCGGAAAAAGCGCCCGCGCGGGGGAACGAAAAGAAGGAAAGAAAGAAAGAAAACGAGCGCGAGAGGGGGCAAAGCGAGCGAGCGAGCGAGCGCGCGCGCGAAAACUCCCGGCAGCACUUCCGUUUGGACCCUUGGAUGCCCAUUAAACAGAUGCUUGAGACCUGCAAGUAACCUUCAGAUCAUAGCAGAACCAUAAGGCCAGUCCUUUGUGUGGGGAGGAGAUAACCCAUGUGCUGUGGAAAUGAACGGGGAGCAGCAGCUUGAUGCAGAUGCUGGAUCUGGUAUGGAAGAAGUGGAAUUAAGCUGGGAAGAUUAUCUAGAAGAGACAGGGUCCACAGCAGUUCCCUAUGGGUCUUUUAAACACGUGGACACUCGUUUGCAAAAUGGAUUUGCUCCUGGGAUGAAACUGGAGGUGGUUGUGAAAACAGAUCCUGAAACCUACUGGGUUGCCACAGUCAUUACCACCUGUGAGCAGUUGCUCCUUCUCCGCUACGACGGCUAUGGGGAGGACCGGAGAGCAGACUUCUGGUGUGACAUUAGGAAAGCUGGCCUCUACCCCAUUGGGUGGUGUGAGCAGAAUAAGAAGACCCUUGAAGCCCCAGAAGGCAUCAGAGAUAAAAUGUCUAAUUGGGAUGAGUUUCUGCGGCAGACCCUGAUGGGAGCUUGUAGUCCUCCUGUUUCGCUGCUAGAGGGCCUUCGUAAUGGGAGGAAUCCUUUAGAUCUCAUUGCUCCAGGAUCCAGGCUAGAAUGUCAAGCUUUCCGCGACUCUUUAAGCACUUGGAUUGUUACUGUAGUAGAGAACAUCGGGGGAAGGCUGAAGCUACGUUAUAAAGGACUUGAAAGUUCCGACAAUUUUGACCAUUGGUUGUAUUACUUGGAUCCAUUUCUUCAUCACGUUGGUUGGGCUGCCCAACAGGGAUAUGAGCUUCAGCCCCCAUUAGUCAUCAGACAUCUGAAAAAUGAAGCUGAGUGGCAAGAGAUCUUGGCCAAAGUGAAAGAGGAGGAGGAAGAGCCAUUGCCAUCUUACUUAUUUAAGGACAAACAAAUGAUUGGCACUCAUUCAUUCUCUGUAAAUAUGAAAUUGGAAGCUGUGGACCCCUGGUCUCCUUUUGGGAUUUCUCCUGCUACAGUUGUUAAGGUUUUUGAUGAGAAGUACUUCCUGGUAGAAAUGGAUGAUUUGCGACCAGAGAAUCAAGCACAGCGAUGUUUUGUGUGUCAUGUCGACAGUCCUGGUAUUUUCCCCGUGCAGUGGAGUCUGAAGAAUGGUUUACACAUCAGCCCCCCUCCUGGCUACCCGAGCCAGGACUUUGAUUGGGCCGACUACCUCAAACAGUGUGGUGCUGAAGCUGCUCCCCAGAGGUGCUUCCCUCCGUCAAUUUGUGAGCAUGAAUUUAAGGAGAACAUGAAGCUUGAGGCCGUGAACCCUCUUCUUCCCGAAGAAGUGUGUGUUGCCACCAUUACUGCUGUGAGAGGCUCAUAUCUGUGGCUCCAGCUGGAGGGUUCUAAGAAGCCCAUACCUGAAUGUAUUGUAAGUGUGGAAUCCAUGGAUAUAUUUCCUUUGGGCUGGUGUGAAACCAAUGGCCAUCCGCUCAGCGCUCCUCGCCGAGCACGAGUAUUCAAGCAGAGGAAAAUUGCAGUGGUUCAACCAGAAAAACAAAUACCAUCUUCGAGGACUGUCCAUGAGGGCCUGAAGAAUCAGGAGCUGAACUCCACAGACUCAGUUGUGAUUAAUGGAAAAUAUUGCUGUCCAAAGAUAUACUUCAACCACCGUUGCUUCUCAGGGCCUUAUCUUAACAAAGGAAGAAUUGCUGAGCUGCCUCAGUGUGUAGGACCUGGGAAUUGUGUUCUGGUCCUUAGAGAGGUCCUCACUUUACUUAUCAAUGCAGCCUAUAAACCCAGCCGUGUCCUUCGGGAGCUGCAGCUAGACAAAGACUCUGUGUGGCACGGAUGUGGGGAAGUCCUAAAAGCCAAAUACAAAGGGAAGAGUUACCGGGCUACUGUUGAGAUAGUGAAGACAGCAGAUCGAGUGACGGAAUUCUGCCGGCAAACCUGUAUCAAACUGGAGUGCUGUCCUAAUCUCUUUGGCCCACGGAUGGUUCUGGAUAAGUGUUCUGAAAACUGCUCUGUACUUACAAAGACCAAAUAUACACACUAUUAUGGAAAGAAGAAAAAUAAAAGAAUUGGGAGGCCACCUGGUGGGCAUAGUAACUUAGCAUGUGCCCUGAAAAAAGCCAGUAAGAGGAGAAAGAGGCGGAAAAAUGUUUUUGUUCAUAAGAAGAAACGCUCCUCUGCAUCUGUUGAUAAUACCCCAGCGGGCUCUCCCCAGGGAAGUGGGGGUGAAGAUGAAGAUGACCCAGAUGAAGGAGAUGAUGAUUCCCUAAGCGAGGGCAGUACAUCUGAGCAGCAGGACGAGCUACAGGAAGAGUCAGAAAUGUCGGAAAAAAAGUCCUGCUCUUCCUCUCCCACCCAAAGUGAGAUAUCCACAUCACUCCCUCCAGAAAGACAAAGGAGAAAAAGAGAGCUUCGCACCUUUUCAUUUUCUGAUGAUGAGAAUAAACCUCCUUCGCCAAAGGAAAUAAAGAUCGAAGUUGCUGAAAGGCUUCACCUGGACAGUAACCCCCUGAAGUGGAGUGUGGCAGAUGUUGUGCGGUUCAUCAGAUCCACCGACUGUGCUCCAUUAGCAAGAAUAUUCCUAGACCAGGAAAUUGAUGGUCAGGCCCUGUUGCUCCUUACCCUUCCCACCGUUCAAGAGUGCAUGGACUUAAAAUUGGGCCCUGCCAUCAAACUUUGUCAUCACAUAGAGAGGAUCAAGUUUGCUUUUUAUGAGCAGUUUGCCAACUGAGAAGGACAACCAAAGUGAGCUGUAUCUUUGAAGCACAAAUGCAGCAAAUCCUUUGCCAUGCUCUACAAACGGAGCUGAAAUAGUCCUGGGGCCCUGGGCGCUGCAGGUGUCGGCUUGCUCUCUUUGCACUUUCAGGGAAGGAGGACCCACACUAAGGAAGCAAAAACUGCACAGAAGUGGCUCUCCUGCCAGUGGAAAUUGGGCAUCUCUUGUUCAGCAAAUUGCAGUUAAAAAAAAAAUUGUGAAGAAAAGAUUCAUAUAAGAAGAAUAAGCGUUUCCAGUGGUGUGGCCUGAAAAUGAAGAAGAAUCUAGGUUGCUGGCAAGCAUCCUUUUGGAUGUUUUCUUUUGUUCUGUUCCUUCCCAUUGUAGAUUGAACUUUGUUCUCUGCUUCCUCUUUCUUGGAAAGAGAGGACAUAGCUUUAAGUCAGCACUGAUUUGGGACUAUGCCUAAGGCACAUCAGUGAUUCAUUGUCAUUGUGUUUUUAAGAUUUUUUAAAUUAAAACAGUUCAUUUUGGGGAUGA